UCCAAAAAAUAUCGUAAGUCACAAAAUAGAGUGAAAUAUAUUCACAAAAAUAUGGGAAUUUAUUGCAUUGUUGUUGUCAUCGUUUUACUGCUAAGUAUUGCGGUAAAUGGACAACCAAUUGUACCGGCAUUGUUCAUAUUUGGAGAUUCAAUAGUUGAUGUGGGUAACAACAAUGAUCUUGAUACAAUUGUUAAGUCUAAUUUUGUUCCAUAUGGUAGAGAUUUUUCCAACCAUGAGUCUACUGGAAGGUUUUGCAAUGGCAAACUUGCAACGGAUUUCACUGCUGAAACUAUAGGAUUUACGUCUUACCAAGCAGCAUACCUUAGCAUAGAGGCAACAGGUAAAAACCUGCUGAUUGGAGCUAAUUUCGCCUCUGCUUCUUCAGGCUAUCAUGCCAGUACACCCAAAAUAUAUAGCGCAAUUCCUUUGAGCCAGCAGCUGGAACAUUACAUGGACUAUCAGAAAAAAUUGGAGUUAAUUGCAGGAAAAACCAAUGCAACGUCAAUAAUCACAGAUGGAAUUUACCUGAUUAGUGCUGGAAGCAGUGAUUUCCUUCAGAACUAUUACAUUAACCCUCUUCUGUACAAGCUUUACUCUCCUGAGGCGUUCUCUAACGUACUUGUUCAACAAUUUGCUCAACUUGUUCGUAAAUUAUACUGGGUUGGAGCAAGGAAAGUAGGAGUGACCUCGUUACCGCCCCUAGGAUGCUUACCAGCUGCAAUUACCAUAUUUGGAGAAGACAGCAAUGAGUGUGUUGAACACAUAAACAAAGAUGCAAUUACAUUCAAUAAUAUGCUUAAUUCAACUGCAGAGUUGCUGCAGACACAGCUCACUAAUCUGACUUUGGUGGUCUUUGAUAUUUACCAGCCACUUUACCAGUUAGUCACAAAGCCUCAAGACAAUGGGUUUAUUGAAGGAAGAAAAGCAUGCUGUGGAACAGGAUUGCUAGAGACAUCAUACUUGUGUAAUGCAAAGUCACCAGGAACCUGUAACAACGCGUCCGAGUAUGUGUUCUGGGAUGGUUUUCACCCAACAGAAGCCACCAACAGAAUUUUGUCUGAUGAUCUUGUUGCCGCUGCCAUUUCCCUCAUCUCUUAGAACUUUCAUUACAAAUUACAUUUACAAUAUUUUUCUAUAAAAGAUCUAUCACAAUUAUUGUGUACUUUUCAUUUCAUUUUUAAGUGUGCAGAACUGUUAAAUUUAAUUCCACAUUAUAAAGGGUUUAUUUUGAUGAAAUCAGAAAUGAAUUAUAAUCAAUUUCGGACUUAAUUGAUUACUUAGCA